AUGAGUUCUUCAAAAAAUCACAAAUCCGCUUUCAAACUCUGGCUCUCAGACUCGCGACCAUUUCUAGAAGAACGAUUCAAAAAUCUAUCGAAUGAAGAAUUGAGCAAAAAAAUCUCUGAAAUUUGGAGGACAGGAUUACAGCCGGAUGUCAAAAAAUCGUAUUUGGAAAAAGAGAAAGAAUUAAAGGAAAAAGGAACAAUGUCUUCGAAUUUUUCAUUUUGGAUUUUGGCGAAAUUACGGGAAAAUGGUCUAUUUGAUGAGAGGAUGAGUGUGAAGGAGAAUUGGAAAUAUUUAAAGGAGGAAACCAAAAACUGGUAUAAAGAGGAAUUUGUGAAAUAUAGAUCCAAUCCUGUGGAGAAUCUCAAUAUUCAUGUGAUGACGUCAGUUAUCAAAAUUCUGACAAUCAGAAUUUCUCAAAUGGUCCUUCGACUUCUGAAUCCUUCGUUUUUGAAAUUCCCACGCCUUCUUAUCGAUCGGCAGUCAGACGGCUUCAGUUUCAGGAUUCUGAAAAUUUCGAGAUGA